CAAAAUUGCACAGUUAUAGGUCAGGUAUAUAUACAUUUGUACGAAUUCUCAAUCACUGCACAAUAUGUGUACAAAUAUAUAGAACUCAGUCAUGAAGAUAUAAUCUCUCCAACCCUAAUACAUUAUUGAGCAGUUUAUAAAGAGAAGGGUAAAUGUAUCUUGUUUUGUUAAAACAUUAUUACAGUUUCAAAAAUUACAUAAAUAGUUUGUGAACAAUUAAUAAUGAAUAAUACAUUUUUUUACUUUUAAGAAUAACGUAUUUCAAAUGUUAUAUCUCAUCACAUUUUGUUAGAUUACGUCUAACACAGUCAUUGGUUGACUAAUUGGUUUCAAACCCCUCCAUAUCAAGUAAUUAUUAAAGUCGCUACUAAUUUUACUUCUAUGUGCUAAAGACAGUUUUAGGUGCUGUUACAUAAUUAUAGUAAUCAACACAUUAGUUGGUUGGCAACAAAACUAAAUAAAGAUAACCAUUCAUCAUAUGAUAACUAAACGGGUUGGGGAAACUACUACACUAUCCAGCUGGCAGGUAAUUGUCAAGGCUGACUGGCCUUGGCAUCCGGCAUUCGGCAGGCACGAAGCAGGUAGUGAGUGUGACAGACUACGAGAAUGGGUGAACAACCGGCAACAGGCUUCCAGCACAUUGAGUACACACAGCUUAAUCUUCACCAGAGAGAAGCUUCUCAGUCAAGAUGGAAACAGUACAUGGCAGGAAUUGCAGCAAGCACUAGCAUCAUUGCUUCUGGAGCUUGGUUCUGCUGGCCAGCACCUCUUCUCCCUCGACUCCUGGAUCAAGAUAGUCCUGUGCCCAUGACACCAGAGGAGGCUUCCUGGAUGGUCUCUUUCAUUGAAGUGGGGACCCUGAUCAGCCCUUUUCCAGCCACACUAAUGGCCGAUUAUCUGGGCAGGAAACACUCCAUGCUGCUCUGCACUCCUCUCUUCGUUGUCAGUGUUGCCCUCAUCAUUUACAUCAGGACAUUAUGGUCACUUUGUCUGGCUCGAUUCAUCCAAGGUUUAGCAAUGGGGAUUCCCUACACUGUCCUUCCUCUAUACCUUGGUGAGAUCGCUAGCUCUGAAGCCAGAGGGGCUAUUUCUAGCUUCUUCGGUAUCGCGUGGAGUCUUGGCUGUUUAUUUCCUUACUGCAUCGGACCUUACUUAUCCUACAACUCUUUAACUUAUGCUACAUUUCUGUUGAAUAUCAUAUUCGUAGCUUGCUUUAUUUGGCAGCCGGAGAGUCCAUAUUACUACGCUUUGAGAAAUAAACCUAACAAAGUCGCUGUCAUGUUAGUAGGAUUGAGAGAUUCAACAUUAGAAGAUUUAAUCAAAAAAGAAGUAGAAGAUAUUCAACUAGAGGUAAGGAAAAGUUCAGAAGAAAAAGCUUCUUGGAAAGAUGUGAUAGCUACUCCUACCGAUAGAAAAGCUCUUUUCUUAAUCUUUAUUGUUGGAGUGGUAUCGUUUCUGAGUGGACAGAAUGCUAUUCUGACUUAUUCAACAGAUACAUUUUCCAAGUUCUCAAAUAACUUUAUCCCUCCUGAGUUUAUAACUAUAGCGAUUGGUAUAGUUAUUCUUAUUGGGAGUUGUAUUAGCAUACCAACUUCUGAUACUUUAGGGAGGCGUUUUCUCCUACUGAUGUCCUCUGUGACUUGUGCCAUUAGUUUAUUUAUUGCUUCUGGUUAUUUCUACCUGGACUCCAACACAAAUGUUGAUGUAUCCUCAUACUCUUGGGUUGCUCCAGUGGCAAUCAUGGCUUUCAACUUUUUUAUCAAUGCAGGAAUGCAUCCUGUCUGUGUUAUGUACACUUCUGAGCUGUUCCCUACAAAAACGCGAGGUAUAGCUUCAUGUAUUUCUUCCAUGAAUUUGACAUUUUUCUCCCUUCUUGUUUUGAAAUUUUACGAAUCAAUUUCAGUAGCAAUGGGCAUUUACUUUACUUAUUUGUCUUAUGCUCUAGUCUGCUUUAUCGGCGUGUUCCUUUUCUAUUUUAUGAUGCCAGAAACAAAGGGGAAAACAUUUCUGGAAAUCAGAGAGGCCUUAGUAAAGUCCCAGAAUAAGUGAGUUGUACAUUUCAAUGUUUAUUUUUCUCACCUUCUUUCACUGUUUAGAAGAUGGCCAACAGGUGAAAAAAUGUUACAGACACUGACUGAUAACAUUCACUGAGAAGGAAGCAAUAGAUCUUGUAACACCCUGGUGGUGGAAGAUCAGUAUGGAAGUGUUGAGUUCUUAGUGGAUACGAGAUGAGUUAGUAUUAUUAGUCUUGGCAUAAUGGGGUGUUUUCAAAUUUGUACAUGACAAUCUAAGGAGUAAAUGAAGUUCAGUGAACAGUGAUAUCAUAAGAACUUCUUUAUGAAAUUCAAAAAAAAUUUCUAUUGUUUGUAUAAGUAUUAUUAAUUAAAGGCUAUUAUGUUAAAAAUAGCCAAGGACAUCUACCAACGAGUAAAGGGAAUAGCACCAAAAGAAGAAAAUCACAUUCAUAUUUGGAAAUUAUAUAUAAAAAUAAUCUCACAAUUGAAUCUCAAGACACUCCAGAGAGCUCACAAUACACUUAUUUAUUGAUAAAUUUGACAAAUACUAUUUUUUGGAUGUACCAAUCCAUAAAUCAUUUUGUUUUGAUAUUGUUUUAUGAAAAAAGAUUAUAGUGAAAGAGUGACAAGAGUGAGUAGUACAGAAAGUAACAGACAUUUUAAUCCAUUCAUGGGCAAGUCUCAAGCUGCUAUCUUGAUAUCAAAACAUUCUGACAACUCAGUAUUUAUGAAUAGAUCUGUGGUAAAUUGCGGACUUUACCUCUUCCUGAUGUAAAAAUCAGAUAAGAUGUUAGGUAUUACUAUAGAAGGAAACUCAUAAUGAAGAGCAUACAAAUGAUAUUAUCUCAAAGCUAUCAAGGAUUUGCUUUUUAUUGAGAAAGUUAAAAUACUGUGUGAUUACGGAUCUAAUGCAACAAGCUUAUUUAAGUUUUUUCCACUUUGUAACAGUUUGUGGGGUAAUAGUGUGGUGCAGAAAAAGUUCUCUUAGCUUGUGACAAAAGAGAGGCGUACAAAUUCUGUUUGGUUUGUGAAACAGGGAUAGAGUAGUACCGGUAAGUCAUACUUUAUUGAACAUAAUAUUAUGACUGUUCCGUGUAUAUUUAUUUUACAACUUUACUUUAUGUAAGAGAAAAUAUAAGUUAAUUUAUCUGCAAUGAUAAUAUUCAUAACUACCAAACAAGACACUCAAAGGACUUAGUUUUCCCCUCUGUAGGAUUGGAAAAGUACUUAAAACGCAUUAAUACUUACAAAUAACAUUUUAUAAUAAACUUCCAAAGGCAGUUUGAUUGUUAGAACUUAAGUCUUGUAAGAAACUAAUCUCAAAAUGACUUAUCAAACAUACCUUUUACUCUGUGAAUGAAUUGUUGAGCUACUAUAUAAAUAGUUUAGUUAUCAUAGUUUAGUCAUACGAUGAAUAUAUAUUUUACUUAUUACUAAAAUGUGAUAUAAUGUAAUGUAAUAUUAAUUUUUAAAUCUGAACAAAACCAUAUGUGGUUGUUUGUUUGUUGUACUUUAUUUACUGUUAUUUGUAUUAUUGUUACUGUUGCUAAUUUUAUUACUUAGUUUUUAAGUUUUAUUUCAGUAUAGAAAAAAUAAAAUAGUGAUACUAAGGAAAAUCAGUUGUGGUCUUCAGUGAAAUAUUUGUGAUCCAAUAAGUUAAAAAUAGUUGUGGAACAUGUUUGCAUAAAUACAGGUGUGCAUGUAUGUGUGUGUGAAAGCGUGCAUUUAUGUGUGUGUAAUUUGUAUACCUAUGUAAUGACACCAUUCUAAUCUCAAAGAUUAUGAAUAAAGCAUAUUGUCUAUUGUCUAUUGCCUGUCUAAGAAUAUGAAACAUCCAACCAUUUAUAUGAACAAUGAAUAGAAUGGUUAAAAUACCUGAUUUGGUAUCUAAUUGUAAUUAGAGAAUCUCUUUGUAGUUUUAAACUUUUAAAUGGAAAUGUUUGAAUUCAUACCCAAACAAUUGAAUUCAGUCAAAAAAUAAACACUGC